AGAGCAUGAAAUACCACGUCAGCAGGCCCCCGGCCUGGUAUAUGCUGUUGCGGUCACAAACAACCGUCAUGGACCAGAGGUCCGGAGAAGCAGACGAGGCCUAUCAGGCCCGGAUGCUGGCUUGGAGUACCGAAAUGAAGAAACGGGCAGAUGACGCAGCAGCAGCAGCGAAGAAGAAGGCAGAGGAUGCCGAGCAGGCACGUCUGCUGGCACUUGAACAACAGCGCCAGCAUGACGAGGCAGCAGCAAGGGCUGCCGAUAAAGAAAGAAACGAACAUCGUGAGAAGAUAUUUAGCGGAGAGCAGACUUUGCUCACAACGGCAGCGGCAUGGUGGACCGAGGCCGAGAAUGGCAAGUUGGAGGAUUGUGAAAACAAGAUCGCUCUCCUCCUCUCGCAUCUCACAGACCUCCUGGCUACAUGCAUUACACAGCAGGAGGAUAUCCACAGCCUCGACGACUCGCUCACUCAAGUCCAAGGCCGCGUUCAGCAGCUGGAACAGCGACCAGUCGCUGCCGCCGAUGCAAGCUCUUCUAAUACCUCCGAUCGCCUCGACGCAUUGGAGAUGGACGUCGGCUCCCUCAAGGAUGGCGUGCAGUCACAGCAGACCGCAACGCAACAGUUGGAACAGCGGAUCUGUACCGCAGCCAACACCUCGAGUCCGGAACCACGCGAGACAACUCCAAAGUUCGACGAGCAGGAAAUCUUCUGCGACUCGACAAAGACAGAUCCGAUUCCAUGUUUCCGCAAGUCCGAGCUCACACUGCAGCUACACAACGUCAAAGAACACAAGCACCACGCAUACUUGUACUCUCGCUCAGGGGGCGCGUGCCAGGCUUGGUUGGACAACCUCUUGUCCAAGUACGGAGUGGUAGCUGCCGACUUGCACACCAAGAUCAGUUGGGGUGAUUUGAAGGCGGCGUGGCACAAGCGGUUCCAAGUUGAGCCGCCCCAGAUCAAGGCUAUGGACAAGCUCAUGGUCUUCGAGCAAGGCACGCUGCCGACACAAUGCGCUCAUCUACACACUUACUUAUCCUUCUAUGCACCACCAACUUCGCCGACAGAUGACGAAGUCGCGGUGGGGGACAUCCUGGCGUAUACUACCAAGGUGGCCCGCGAGUUUCGCACGCCGCGGUACGAUGACAACAACGCACCGCUCAUGUAUGUCCGCAUCCAAGUUGGGCAAGCGUCCUGCAACGCUUUGCUGGAUAGCGGCACGUCUCGCAAUUUCAUGAGCCAAUCCUUUAUGCAAAGGGCUGGCCUUGGCGCACAAGUUCGGAGGAAGGCAAACCCGACGGCGAUCAAGUUGGCGGAUGGAAAGACGCAACAACUUCUCGACCGUUACAUCGAGGCCGUACCGGUUUAUUUCGCACCUCAUGCAUGCGAACCGGUGACCUUUGAUAUUCUCGACAUGGACUUCGACAUCAUUCUGGGAAUGCCUUGGCUUGCAAGUGCGGAUCACACGGUCAACUUCCACCGGCGGACUCUUAGCACGAUAUUCUCGUCUAUAGCCGGUCAUUGGAAGAUCAUCUUGGGCAUCUUCGACGAGUGUUGGAGACGCUCCGCCGCGCCAAGUACAAAGGCCAACCGCGACAAGUGCGAAUUUGUCCGGCAAGAGCUGGAAUGCUUGGGCCAUUUUGUCACACCGGAGGGCAUCAGUCCACCACCGGACAAGAUUCAAGCCAUCCAAGAGUGGGCGGAGCCUCGGAACGUCACGGAUGUCCGCUCAUUCCUUGGUCUCGCCGGCUACUAUCAGUGUUUCAUGAAAGGCUACUCGAAGAUUGCGGCCCACUUGACCAAGCUUCAAUGCGAGGAUCGGCCAUUUGACUUUGGAGAGGAGGCGCGGGAAUCAUUCUUGGCUCUCAAAGCCGCGCUAUUGUCCGCGGAGGUGUUGCGUAUAUACGACCCGCUUUUGCCUACACGCGUCACUACGGAUGCGUCAGGCUAUGGCAUUGGUGCCGCCCUCGAGCAACAUGAUGGUGUGGACUGGCACCCGGUCGAGUAUUUCAGUAAGAAAGUGUCUGUCGUGCAUUCAAUUGACGAUGCACGCAAGAAGGAGCUCCUCGCCUUCGUCCACACGCUCAAGCGGUUGCGGCACUUCCUCCUUGGUCGAAGCCAAUUUCGAUGGGUAACGGACAACAAUCCGUUGGUCUUUUACAAGACCCAAGACACCGUCAACAGCACCAUCGCUCGAUGGAUGACUUUCAUCGACCAGUUCGACUUCUUUCCCGAUCAUAUUCCCGGGAAGUCGAACCGUUUUGCGGAUGCUCUUUCACGCCGUCCGGAUCUUUGUAUCGCGGUCUACUCAACCUUCGAGAUCGACGAUGACCUGCGGAACAGCUUCAUCCGCGGCUACCAAGCCGACCCCGAGUUUCGCGACAAGUACGCGAAUUGCUCCUCUCCUAAUCUGGCGCCUUCUCACUACCGGAUCCAAGAGGGGUACUUGCUUGUCCACACGUGGGGGAAGGACCUUCUUUGCGUACCGAGUGAUCCUCACUUGCGUACACGGCUUCUUGGCGAGUUCCACGAUGCUCCCGCCACCGGACACUUUGGAGUCAAUCGCACGAUUGGCCGACUUCGCCAGUGAUUUUGGUGGCCCAGCCUUCUCGGCGACGUCACGCGCUAUUGCGAGUCAUGCGAGGUUUGCCGACGCUGCAAAUCCCGC